AUGUAUCACAACCCUGCCAGCAACACGGCCAGCAACCCUGCCAGCAACCCUGCCAGCAACCCUGCCAGCAACACGGCCAGCAACCCUGGUAGCAACACGGCCAGCAACCCUGCCAGCAACACGGCCAGCAACCCUGGUAGCAACACGGCCAGCAACACGGCCAGCAACCCUGGUAGCAACACGGCCAGCAACCCUGGUAGCAACACGGCCAGCAACCCUGGUAGAAACACGGCCAGCAACCCUGGUAGCAAGACGGCCAGCAACCCUGGUAGCAACACGGCCAGCAAGACGGCCAGCAACCCUGGUAGCAACACGGCCAGCAACCCUGGUAGCAAGACGGCCAGCAACCCUGGUAGCAACACGGCCAGCAACACGGCCAGCAACACUGCCAGCAACCCUGGUAGCAACACGGCCAGCAACACGGCCAGCAACACGGCCAGCAACACUGCCAGCAACACGGCCAGCAACACGGCCAGCAACACGGCCAGCAACCCUGCCAGCAACACGGCCAGCAACCCUGCCAGCAACACGGCCAGCAACCCUGGUAGCAACACGGCCAGCAACCCUGGUAGCAACACGGCCAGCAACCCUGCCAGCAACACUGCCAGCAACACGGCCAGCAACACGGCCAGCAACACUGCCAGCAACACGGCCAGCAACACUGCCAGCAACACGGCCAGCAACACUGCCAGCAACACGGCCAGCAACACGGCCAGCAACACGGCCAGCAACACGGCCAGCAACACUGCCAGCAACACGGCCAGCAACACGGCCAGCAACACGGCCAGCAACCCUGGUAGCAACACGGCCAGCAACCCUGGUAGCAACACGGCCAGCAACACUGCCAGCAACCCUGGUAGCAACACGGCCAGCAACACGGCCAGCAACACGGCCAGCAACACUGCCAGCAACACGGCCAGCAACACUGCCAGCAACACGGCCAGCAACACGCCAGCAACACGACCAGCAACACUGCCAGCAACCCUGCCAGCAACACGGCCAGCAACACGGCCAGCAACACUGCCAGCAACCCUGGUAGCAACACGGCCAGCAACCCUGGUAGCAACACGGCCAGCAACACGGCCAGCAACACUGCCAGCAACCCUGCCAGCAACACGGCCAGCAACCCUGGUAGCAACACGGCCAGCAACCCUGGUAGCAACACGGCCAGCAACACGCCAGCAACACGGCCAGCAACACAAGCCGGCCUCGGAUGAAAGAAGGUUGUGA